CUUGAUUAAGGGCAAAACGGAAAAAAAGGAAGCAGGAAAAGAAGCUCUCGACAAGGGCCAGCCUUGGAAUCGCGCGCUUGCGCAUUUGUGAGGAUGUUGAUCCCGGCGAAAGAGAAAAUGGCGGUGGAAGGGCCAGAGCAGAUGGAGCUGGAUGAGGGCAAGGGUGGGACCGGACUGCGCCAGUAUUACCUGUCCAAGAUUGAGGAACUACAGUUGAUAGUCAACGAUAAGAGCCAGAACCUCAGACGGCUGCAGGCUCAACGAAAUGAACUCAAUGCCAAGGUUCGCCUGCUUCGUGAGGAGCUGCAGCUUCUGCAGGAACAGGGUUCCUAUGUGGGUGAAGUGGUGAGAGCGAUGGACAAAAAGAAGGUGCUAGUCAAGGUUCACCCAGAAGGCAAGUUUGUGGUUGAUGUGGAUAAAAACAUAGACAUCAAUGAUGUGACACCAAACUGCCGUGUUGCCUUGCGGAACGACAGCUACACACUUCACAAGAUCCUUCCAAAUAAGGUUGACCCCCUGGUCUCAUUGAUGAUGGUGGAGAAAGUGCCAGACUCCACUUAUGAGAUGAUUGGUGGCCUUGACAAGCAGAUCAAGGAGAUCAAGGAAGUCAUUGAGCUCCCUGUCAAACAUCCAGAGCUCUUUGAAGCUUUAGGCAUUGCUCAACCGAAAGGUGUUCUGCUGUAUGGACCUCCUGGGACAGGGAAAACUUUGCUCGCCCGAGCAGUGGCUCAUCACACUGACUGCACCUUCAUCCGUGUCUCUGGCUCUGAGCUUGUACAGAAGUUCAUUGGGGAAGGAGCAAGGAUGGUGCGUGAACUCUUUGUCAUGGCCCGGGAGCAUGCUCCGUCCAUCAUCUUCAUGGAUGAGAUCGAUUCCAUUGGCUCCUCCCGCCUGGAGGGGGGCUCUGGUGGGGACAGUGAGGUGCAGCGCACGAUGUUGGAACUCCUUAACCAGCUGGAUGGUUUUGAGGCUACUAAGAACAUCAAGGUAAUCAUGGCAACCAAUCGCAUAGACAUCUUGGAUUCUGCCCUCCUUCGUCCUGGCCGCAUUGACAGAAAAAUUGAAUUUCCUCCCCCAAAUGAAGAGGCCCGGUUGGACAUCUUGAAGAUUCACUCUCGCAAGAUGAACCUAACAAGGGGAAUCAAUUUGCGGAAGAUUGCAGAGCUGAUGCCAGGGGCCUCGGGUGCUGAAGUUAAGGGUGUGUGUACAGAAGCUGGCAUGUAUGCACUGAGGGAGAGGAGGGUCCACGUAACUCAAGAAGACUUCGAAAUGGCUGUAGCAAAGGUGAUGCAAAAGGAUAGUGAGAAGAAUAUGUCUAUCAAGAAGCUCUGGAAAUAAAAAGUGACUGCUGCCUAACGCAGCUAUUUCCUGUGUCACUGGUCAUCCAUCUCUGCUGUAAUAUUUACACCCUUUCCUUUUUCCUUUAAUAAAAUUGAGUGUUAACAA